GCCUCCAUACAGCAUCACAGCGCUGAUUUAUUUGUGCGCUGUAAUAAACAGCCAAAAAACGCAAACGGAGACCAUCAGCAUGAACAAAUACAUACUUACACCGGGCUUAAAUGCAGCGCGAUUGUGAAUCGGGUAAAUAAUCGGGUUCAAAUGCAUCAUGGGAUUCCUAGCUAAAUUUAUUUAGUUUCACUUUUGGUGAAAAAUCAGGAAGUUAAUGGCAGGAACCUACAAUGGUCGAAACUGCUGCAGUGAGCGCGCUGUCAUUCCUGCUGAUCUUCGCCGACUUUCACGCCCCAUAGGACGAAAUGGAAAAGAGCAGCGGAGACCAGCAGGAGUCCGUGCGGCCACCAUGCAGCGACCCGAUCGUGCAGGAUAGCAGCACAGAUCCAAAGGACGCUGACAGUGAAAACUGCGAUGAAACACUAGUACUGCACCUGUAUCCCAUCGAACCAACAGAUAUCAGUAAUGAAAUAGACCUCGCUCAUUCGCUGACCGGCGGAUCACCAAUCAGCAAUAGUUUAGCGGCCGGUUCUGAAACCCAGAAAGACGAGGGAGUGUUUAAACAUUCGACCACCCUGACCAACAGACAGCGCGGGAAUGAGAUCACGGCGCGACCCGCGAAUUUGGACACGCUCUCAGUGCAUCAGCUGGCGGCACAGGGUGACCUCACACAGGUGGCAGGACACCUGAGCAAAGACAGCUCUCUGGUGAACAGUCCGGACGAGCGGGGCUUCACACCACUCAUGUGGGCCGCAGCGUUUGGUGAGAUCGCCGUGGUGGAGUUCCUUCUGGAGAAGGGAGCUGAUCCCAAAACACUUGCAUGGGAGCGGGAGAGCGCCCUGUCUCUGGCCAGUUCCGGGGGCUACGCGGACAUCGUAGACCUCCUGCUGAAACAUGGAGUCGACAUCAACACUUAUGAUUGGAACGGCGGCACUCCACUCCUCUACGCAGUACGGGGGAACCACGUGAAGAGUGUCAGCACCCUCCUUGCCGGCGGCGCCGACCUGACCGUCGAGGCGGAUUCCGGCUACAGCCCCAUGGACCUCGCCGUCGCCCUCGGCCACAAAAAGGUCCAAAGGGUGAUCGAGGAUCACAUCCUGGCAUUGCUGAAGCAGAAAGCGUGACAACAGGAAGCUGCUUCGUCAAGGGCGAGGAAACGACCCGGCAGAGAGGGGGUCUGCAAGGCGCUUGGCCGCCACCAUCCUGCACGGGGGCAGUCUGCUGGCAGACUGCGGGGAUUCUGUAAACAGGAGUCGUAGUCCAUCGGUCCUCAGUAAUCAUGCAUGGACAUCGAACGCAAGCACAUAUUACUUAUUUUAUCUUGCCAUUAAAGUGUCAACUCUAUA